AUGGCCUCUCUGGGUCGGCGGGUUUUCUCGCCUGCCAAAACAUUCGGCGAGGCGCAGAAGAGGACGCAUCUUCGUUUCGCUGGCAGUCCGUCACCGUGUGGCAACGCUUCCUCUCCCCUUUCUUUCUCUUUGUCUCGAUCGUCUUUCCCUUCCUCUUCUUUGUCAUCCCUGUCUCCUGUCUCACUCCCUUCCCUGUCAGCUCUGUCGUUUCUUUCUUCUCCGUCUUCUCUCCCUUCUCCGUCUUGUCUCUCUUGUCCCUCUUGUCUCCCUUCUCCGUCUUGUCUCCCUUCUCCGUCUUGUCUCUCUUCUCCAUCGUCUCUUCCCCUCGCUCCCGUUUCCCCCUCCUCCGUUUCUUUGUCUCUCGCGCGAGACGCGUCGAGUUCCUGGGCACUCGCAGAACAGAAGAGAGGCGUCGCGCGUUUGAAGAGCCAUCGCUACGGAGGCGUCGUCGCCUUGAAGACGAGAGCGCCGAAGUCGCCUUGGUACAUCGAGGCAGAAAAAGAAUUCCUCAACGAGCGAGCUCAGGUGCGAUGGGAACAGAAGCCGUGGCGUGGGGAAGACUUGUCGAAAUUGUCGCCCUCGCUGCGACGCUGUUUGCACCUGAGAUGCGCGUCGAGCAAGGAACUGCACGCAUGGCGUAAACUGCAACUCUGCCGCCUCCUGCAGAGACGCCCGUUCGACACUGGCAGUCCUGCCGUUCAAUUGGCGUGCCUGACGGAGAAGAUCUUGAACGUGCGCGCGCACUUGCUGAAGAACUUUCGAGACCAGCAAAAGAAGAAGGUUCUCUCCAUUUGGCUGUCCAGGCGCCACCGCAUCAUGAAAUAUCUCUACCGAGUGGACUUUGACCUGUACAAGCACGCAUGCCAGAAACUCAGAAUCAAGUGCGUUCGCUUUGCCAUCCCAGACUCCAGAGACCGUCAGCGAGCGAUUAGCCCCAUCGCUGUGGACGGCGACCGAUGCAAAUUUCUGAUCCGCCAGAAACUCUGGAAAGCGCGCUUCCGCCCUCGACAACUUAAGCAGGCCGACGGGAAAGUCGUUCGCUACACGCGACACCCUAUGGAACAGCCUUCCAGUGGUUGGAAUCUUCCAAAGGAGCAUCGACCGUCGCUCAGUCGCGCCUGGCCCUACGGCGUUCGCGAAGAGCGCGUCAGGGGCGAGUACGUGAUCCACAAUCCGACAGCUGCUGGCUUGGGGCACUGCCCCGCGCCUCUCUUCUUCUGA